CAAUUUAUGUUCUUCUGCCGUGGCUUCAGCCGGUCCCUCUGUUCGGGGUCCCUGACUUCCUCUAACAGUUCUCCUGGGGUCUGCCUUCCCCAUGCUGCCUGCCUAGCUUUCCCCCAUUUAGUGGCACACUUGGGGUCUUCAGAGAUGGCUCCGAAAUGUGUCCAAAGAAGAUUGCUGAGUCAGUUUCCGUAGAGGUCACAACAGUUGAGCAGCCUGCCAUCAGGUCAUUCAACAGAAAUUUGGGAAACUUUCACUUCACGCCCUGUGCCAGGUGCCACAGAGACAGCUACUUACUCACUGCAGGGCUCGUCGCUGGGGAGACAGAUAAGAGGACGGGCAGUCCCCAACCUCUGUGAAAGAUGUGAUGUCAGGAGGGAGCAGUGCGGGCCUGUGCGGCAUCUAACCAAGUCAGGGGCAUUGCCGGGCAGGGACAGGGAAGGCUUCCUGGAGCAGGUGGCCUCCAAAUGGGGCUCUGAAGACUGAGAAGGAGCCAGGCAAAGAGCAGGGGUAGGUGAGGGCAUGUGGCGCAGAAGGAGAAUGUACAAAGGCCCGGAGGCCGGGGGCAGAACAGGGUACCUUUGGGGACAUUGCAUGUAAUUGACCACAUUUGGAGUUUGGAUUUGAAAGUGGUGGAAGAGAUGGAGAUGGUGAGACAAGUAGUAAGCACGCCAGCCUUCCAGGUGAGCUCCUUUCCGAUGAGCGCUCUCUUAUCCCAUGAAACGUUGAGAAGUUUGGACCCUUCCCACUGUGGCAGAGGUUUCCUGAGGCUCUCGCAUACGUGGCCCUAUGGUUGCCCAUUGAAUCUUUCUGCCAAUAGCUGGUCAGCAUGGUGGUGGCAUAAGCGCAUUUUCCAGAGCCAGGGAUUCAGUUGCAGCAAGACAUGGCCCUGUCUGGGAGGUCAACAUGAAGAAGGCAGUGGCUGUCAUUGUCCAACCCCAGAAAUCCCAAUCCUGUUUCCUCCGUCUCCGUCCUGAUUGUGGAUUCAGCAGCAGUGAGCUCACCAAUGUAGUGGGUGGCACAGCCAGGAUCUUGACUCUGGCUCUGCAGCAGCACAGUCUGGAAAACUCUGAGGGGAGAGAGAUCCCCACUGUUCCCUGGGUCUGGCUACAGAGCCAGAAAUGGGGGGGAAGGCAUGGGCCUGGGUCGCCUCUGACUGCUCACGUACCAUCCAGGAGGCCCUGGCCUCUCGCUGAACCCUGCCACUCCUCUUUGGCAUGGCCUCUUCCCAAACCCCCAAACUGCCUCCUUACCCACAAAAGUGGUCUCUGAGUGUCACAGUUCAGUGUGACCCCCACCCCUUAUGGCUUCAGUUCCCCAAAUAGGGCUGGACCCCUGAUCCUGAUCCAGCUGUGGCUAUCCAGCCCCUUCCUGGGGACUUUGGACUUUGAGGGGGGCAUGCCCAGGUGUGCUGGGAAUCCACACUCUCCCUGGCUGGACCUAGAACCUGUGGACUCUAGUCCCGAGGGCAGUCGUGUUCUGCCUGUGCCUGGAAACACAAGAAACUUGACUGCAGAGAGAAGAAAGAGGAGAGAGAAACAGCGUGAGGAAACUGCCCGUCUCCGGGGCUUUUUCUGUUCCUUGGCUUUCUAAGGCCAGUGGGGUCCCCUCCCCUGCUUUCUUAUUCCCGAGUUCUGUGAAAUUCCCCAAUCCGGCCGGGCGUGGUGGCUCACGCCUGUAAUCCCAGCACUUUGGGAGGCCGAGGCGGGCGGAUCACGAGGUCAGGAGAUCGAGACCAUCCUGGCUAACACGGUGAAACCCCGUCUCUACUAAAAAAUGCAAAAAAUUAGCCGGGUGUGGCGGCGGGCUCCUGUAGUCCCAGCUACAGGCUGGGAGGCUGAGGCAGGAGAAUGGCGUGAACCCGGGAGGUGGAGCUUGCAGUGAGCCGAGAUCGCGCCACUGCACUCCAGCCUGGGCGACAGAGCGAGACUCCGUCUCAAAAAAAAAAAAAAAAGAAAAAGAAAUUCCCCAAUCCUUACUUUUUAUCUCAAACCAGCUCAAGGUGGUCUGUUUUCCUUUCAACCAAAGAAAGGUGCUCCUGGUGGCUAAAGGUACAUAUUCUACAGCUAGAUUUCCAGGCCGGAAUCCUGCCCUCCACAACAUGCGAACGACACCCGUGUUGCAUAUAGAGCAUGUCUGUGAAGAAUUGAGUUAGUGCCUGCAAAGUGCUUAGAGCAGUGUCUGGUACAUGCGAGUACCCCGCAGCGGGAAACCACCUCCUUCUUGGUCUUCUGGGCACUUUUGAGAGUGAAAGGAGGCACUAAUAGCGAACAUACUGUGUACACUGGAAUGCCACAGGCAAACCAGGCUUUAGCGGUAUUCCUCUAUCUGUAGGUUAAACUAACAAAAAACCCACACAAAUCACAUUUCGUUCUUCAGGAAGGCAUAUUAGGCAGGGACUGCCAUUUUCUCGCUGAGAUAAACAUCAUGCCAGUAAACUGGCCCACGGUGGGGCGGCAGAGGGAGAGGGCCCAGGUGGGGGCGGACACCGUUGCCUGUACAGUUGAUGUGGAGCCUGAAAGCUGACUCUGGCUGCAGGAGAAAGCUCAGGGUUGCAUUUCCCUUCCUUGCUUCUUGAUGGAUGAUCCAUUUUUUGAAAUACGGAUGUCCCAAGGCCAAUGAGACUGGUGCCAUUCCAGUAAAGGGCCACUCUGUGGGCGGGACGGUGGGAAGGGACCCGAAGGUGGGGUAAAGGGAGGCCCCAAAACAGCCUACACAGCAGGAGGGAUGGCCGGGGCUCUAGAGCUAUAAGUGGCCCCUCGGGGCCCUGACGGGCGUCUCGCCAUGCUGUUCCUGGGGCUGCUGCUGCUGCUGCCCCUGCUGGCUGGCGCCCGCCUGCUGUGAAACCGCUGGAAGCUCAGGAGCCUUCACCUCCCGCCUCUUGUCCCGGGCUUCCUGCACCUGCUGCAGCCCGACCUCCCCAUCUAUCUGCUUGGCCUGACUCAGAAAUUCGGGCCCAUCUAUAGGCUCCACCUUGGGCUGCAAGAUGUGGUGGUGCUGAACUCCAAGAGGACCAUUGAGGAAGCCAUGGUCAAAAAGUGGGCAGACUUUGCUGGCAGACCUGAGCCACUUACCUACAAGCUGGUGUCUAAGAACUACCCGGGUCUGUCCUUGGGAGACUACUCUCUGCUCUGGAAAGCCCACAAGAAGCUCACCCGCUCAGCCCUGCUGCUGGGCAUGCGUGACUCCAUGGAGCCCGUGGUGGAGCAGCUGACCCAGGAGUUCUGCGAGCGCAUGAGAGCUCAGGCCGGCACCCCUGUGGCCAUUGAGGAGGAAUUCUCUCUCCUCACCUGCAGCAUCAUCUGUCACCUCACCUUCGGAGACAAGAUCAAGGAGGACAACUUAGUGCCUGCCUAUUACAAAUGUAUCCAGGCCCAGCAGGUGACUCCCGAGGGUUGGGGUAAGUGAGGAAAGCCCGAUCCCAGCCAGGUCCUGGCCAGCCGCUAACUCCAGCCCCCUUCAGCAUCUCCGGCUAUGACAUCCCU